AUGCUCCGGAUGAGCUGCAAAGUCAUAUCAAUCAUUGGCACCACCGGCGUGGGCAAGUCGCAGUUUGCCGUCGAGCUGGCGCGCGCAGUCGACGGCGAGAUAGUGAACGCCGACUCCAUGCAAAUGUACCGCGGCCUCGACCAGAUCACCAACAAACACCCCGUGGCCGAGCGAAAAGGUGUGCCGCACCACGUGAUGGACCACACGCCCUGGGACACGGAGUACUACAUCCACAGGUUCAAGCAGGAGGCCAUGGCCGCCAUUGCGGAUAUCCAUAGCCGCGGAAAAACCGCCAUUCUCGUUGGUGGCACGCACUAUUAUCUGCAGAGCCUGCUCUUUUUGAACAAGACCCUGGAUACCGCCACGGCCGAGCAGCUGACCGACGCCGAGCGCGCGGUUCUGGACGGCCAGCCCGACGAAGUGUUCCGCACGCUGCAGCAGAAAGACCCUGUUGUGGCGCAGAAGUUCCAUCCGAACGACCAUCGCCGCGUGCGGCGGGCGCUCGAGAUCUACUUCGCCACCAAGCAGCGCACGUCCGAUCUAUACCGAUCGCAGCAGCAGCAGGCGGCGUCCGCGCUGCGCUAUCAGAUGCUGUUUUUCUGGCUAUAUGCGCGGCAGGACGUGCUGGACGAGCGGCUUGAUUCUCGCGUGGACAAAAUGUUGCAGCAGGGCGCGCUGGCCGAGAUCCGCGAGAUGCACGCGUUCCGCAGCCGGACGGAGCCCACUAUGGAGCUCCACCGCGGCGUCUGGCAGGUCAUUGGGUACAAGGAGUUUUUGCCGUACCUGGAAGAGGGCCCUGAACGGCUGGCCGGUUGCAUAGAGGACAUGAAGCGCAACACGCGGCGAGGCACUCACGGUGCCAGAGACGCUGGCAGACGUGCUGGCGCCCCGCGAGGACGCCGGAAACGACGAGACAAAGUGGCAGCACCACUACUGCGAGACGUGUGUGGACGAAACGGGACGACCGACUCUUUUUGUCGGCGAGCAGUACGCAGUGCAUCUGAAAAGCAGACGGCACCGGAGCAACGUGAGAAAAAGCCACCGCAAGCUGGUGCACACAUAGUAACGAGAGUAUUAGGUCUAUUUAAUCGCCUUCUUCUCCUGGGACGAGCCUUCCUCGACGCGGCCGUAGUCGUUCUCGAUCACGUGCUCCUCGAUGAGCUCGGACGCGGCGUCGAGGUUGUCUGGCUCCUGCGGCAGGAACAGGUUGAGGACGACGCCGAUGAAGCCGGUGACGGCGAAGCCGGUCUCCAUGACGAGAACUAUGGCGUCGAAGAAGCCGGAAAGCCCGGUGUUGUCGCCGUCGUACGUGAAGACGUUGCUGAACCAGUCGGCGAGCAGCGUGGCGCCGAAGCCGAACAUGAGCGAGCACGUGAGCACGAAGCGAUCUCUUCUGGUGAAGGGCGUGGUGGCGAUGAUCUUGAGCCCGGACACGGCCACGGACGUGAACAGGAACGUGGUCAUGCCGCCGAGCACGGCUUUAGGAAUGGCGACGAGCGCAGCGGCGAAUUUCGAGAACACGCCCAUCACAACGAGGAAAAAGCAGCACCAGUACCCAACAGUCCGGGAGGCGCACUUGGUGAUGGAGAUGACGCCGUUGUUCUGCGCAAAAGUCGACAUUGGCGUCAUGGUCAUGAGCGCGGCGAUGAUGCCGUUGACUCCGUCCGCGAGCACACCGCCCUGGAUGCGCGACUCGUAGUAGGGGCCCUCGAUGUCGGUGCGGGACACGUCGCAGGUGGCGGUGAUGUCGCCGAUGGCCUCCAUCAUGAGCACGAUGUAGCACGCGAGGAAGGGCAGCACGGCAGGGCCGUACACGGACAGCUUGAACGUGUGCACCCACAUGAAGGUUGCUGCCGGGGCGGCGUCGAUCGAGUCGUGCGAAAAGUAGCCGCACGCGGCGGCGACUAUGCACCCGACCAGGAGCCCGACAAUCACGGCGCAGGACUUCAUGAUGGGCGACCCCCACUUCUCGCACAGGAUGAUGGUGAGGUACACCAGGAACCCAAGCCCGAGGAACUGCGCAGACCCCCAGUUGUAGCCCUUGGCACAGCUGUUGGUGGCGUCCAUGCACCCGGAGCCCCCCACAAAGUCCUCAAAUCCGGACUGGAUCAGCGACACGCCAAUGAGCAGCACCACAGGGCCCGUCACGAUGGCCGGAAAAAUGCGCUGCAGCAGCGCCGGCGGCAGAAACGAGAGCAGCACCUCCAGCAGACCGCACACGGCCGCCGUUCCGAGAAUGGCGCCGUAUCCGUCGGGACAUGGCAGCUGCGUCCCGUCGCUGUCCACGGGGCAAACGCCUGCGUUAUACAUGAUUGGAAAAGCCUUGCUGACAAUGCUGAUGGUGGCGAAUGA